AUGUCUUUCGGCUUUGGAAGUGGAGGAGGGUUCGGGCAGAACAACCAGGCUUCGAGCUUUGGUUCCUCUGCAUUCGGCGCCAAUAAUAAUACUGGAGGAGGCUUUGGAUCCACCGGCACCCCUGCUUUUGGAUCUGGAAAUACUGGAACCACUGGCGGGAGCUUGUUCGGUGGUAACACGACCAGUAGCUUCGGCUCCGGUGGCGGUGGAGCAUUCGGUACCAACACCAAUAACAAUCAACAACCUGGUUCAGUUUUCGGACAACAACAAAACCGUCCUGGCGGCUUUGGAACUACCAACACAACAACAACACCAGCCGCUGGGGGCAUGUUUGGCGGCGGCAACAACGCCACUACAGGGAACACUGCAUUCGGCUCUGGGGGUGGAUUCGGAACUGGAGCUGCCGGUGGUGCCUUCGGUACCAACACAAAUACCAACACUGCUGGAGGCCUUUUCGGAAAGACCGCUAGUCCAAGCGGCUUUGGCACCUCGAACACCGCUGGUGGUUUUGGCAGCGGUGGUGGUGGUUUUGGAGCAACCAAUACAACAACGCCUAGCACUGGAUUUGGUUCCACCGGCACUGCCUUCCAAGGUGCCCUGGCUCCCUGCGAAGGCACAGGCAGCACUCCAUUCAGCCCAUUCACCGAGAAGGACGCCAAUUCAACUGCAACCAACAAUUAUCAUAGCAUCAGUUUUAUGCAACCCUACAGCAAAUUUUCUUUUGAAGAGUUACGACUAGCCGAUUAUCAGCAAGGACGUCGCUUCGGUAACGGAAGUGGUCAGGGUGCCGGUGCCUUUGGCUCUACUGCGUUCGGUUCUAGCACCGGUGGUGGCUUUGGAACUCAACAACAAAAUACUGGGUUCGGAUCCAGCAGUACUACUCCUUUCGGUGGCGCUGCUGCUACAAGUGCACCCGGCGCAUUCGGCCAAACACAAACUGCUGGCGCAUUUGGAUCAUCAAACUCGAACCCAUUGUUUGGCGGAGCCAAACCUGCAACCCCGAUGUUCGGAAGUACGCCAACCACAGGUGCAGCUCAGCCAUCCGGCUUUGGCACUGGGAACACAACUGGUGGAGCAUUUGGAAACACAGGUUCUACUGGUGCCUUCGGAAACACUGGGAGCUCCUUGUUCGGUCAAAACACCCAACAGAACAAGCCAGCUUUUGGUGCUCCAGCAGCCACCAACACUACAGGUGCCUUUGGUGGAUUUGGUAGCCAACAGACAACGGCUCCUGCCAAUGCCUUCGGCAGUACCACUGCUACAGCCCCGGCUUUCGGCCAGCAACAGGCUGGAGCGAAUACCCUAGGCGCAUUUGGAGCGCAAAAUCAAACCCAAAACAAGCCAGGGGGUUUGUUUGGAGGUGGCACUGGAGGUGGUUUCGGCUCAAGCACCACCCAACAGAGUACCGGCGGUGGCUUGUUCGGUGGUGGUAACACCUCUGGAACCGGAACAACUGGCGGUGGCUUGUUCGGCCAGCAACAAAACCAACAGCAGCAACAGCAACAGCCUGCCGCUGGCGGUGGACUUUUCGGAGGAGGCCAAUCUACAAACACCGGCGGUGGGCUUUUCGGCAGUUCGCAGAAUCAGCAGCAGCCAAAGCCUGCUGGAGGACUUUUCGGUGGUGGCUCUUCUACUGGAACUGGCGGUGGUUUAGGUUUUGGCACCAGCCAGCCUCAGCAGAAUACUAGUGGUGGUUUGUUCGGCAAUACGCAAAGCCAGCAGCAACCGAAGCCCGGUGGCAUGUUCGGUUCUACUAGUGGUACUGGUGGUCUGUUCGGUCAAGGCUCCACCGGUCAGAACACCAGUGGUGGGUUCUUUGGAAGCCAAAGCCAACAGCAGCAGCCGGCCAAUAAUAGCUUAUUCGGUGCUUCUCAGCCCGCCCAGCAACAACCCCAACAGCCCGUUCCUGGCAGUUUGACCUCAUCGCUUCUUGAUGGCAAUCCAUAUGGAAGUCAGUCUAUUUUCUCUGGCCUUCCAGGCCCCAAUGCGCCAUCUCCUGGUCCUCUGGCCACCCCGCUCUCUGCUAGCCAGAGACAGAAACGCCGUACCCCCUUGCCAGUCUACAACAUGACGCCUGGGGCCGCCAAUCGCCUUAUUACCCCUCCCAAGAGAAACCAGGGCUACGGAUUCUCCUACUCCACCUAUGGGUCACCAGCCAGUGCAAGCAGCACUCCUGGGUUCAGCAACAGCUUGUUAGGCUCUGGACCUAGCAGUGGUAGCCUCCGUGGCAGUGUCGGUGGUAGCUUUGGUCGUAGCUUCAGCAAGAGUUACUCCACCAGCAACCUUCGCAACUCUUUCAACCCUGACUCCGACAGUGUCUUGUCUCCGGGCGCCCUGCAAGUUGGCAGUGGACGUGGUAGCGGCGACAAGCUGAAGAAACUUCAAAUUGACCGCAGCCUGCGAAAUGAUUUGUUCACUCGUCCCUCUACCUCAUCUCCAGCUCCCAUCACCAACGGUGAGGAUGUAUCUCAUUCUACUGACAAGCUGAAGAAGAAGGUCAGCUUUGACUCCACCUCCCCUGGCGUGUCAGGUGGUGAGCUUGUUCGCGUGGAGUCUAAGAGCCCUGAGCCAACUCCUCAAGAACUCGGUUUCCUCCGUUCCACGCGCAAGAGCGGCAGUCUUAAUGGCAUUGAUACCAUUGACCGCCCUGAAAUGGAAUCGGUGAAUCUCGCUGUUGUUCCCGAAAAUGGCGAGCCUGUUACUCGUGCUACUACCACAAGCAAGCGCCUUGUUACUAUUCCUGGCAGUGACCCCAAGCCUGGUGAAUACUGGAUGCAGCCUUCUUUCGCUGAGCUGAGCAAGUUGAGCCGUGACCAAUUGAGACGUGUUGUAGACUUUACUGUCGGUCGUCAAAACUGCGGAGACGUCACCUUCAAUGGCCCUGUUGAUCUCAACGGCACUGAUCUCAGUGACCUUUUCGGCACUAUUGUUGAUAUCGGGCUUCGCAAGAUUACUGUUUACCCAGAUGAAGCCACCAAGCCUCCUAUGGGCAAGGGACUCAAUGUGCCUUCCACCUUGCGUAUUGAGAACUCAUGGCCCCGUGGCCGUGACAAGAAGAAGCCUGCCCCUAUUACCAGCGGACCUUUGUUUGAUAAGCACAUUGACCGUCUUCAGAAGGUUACCGACACCGAGUUCGUUGACUACGAAGUUGAUACUGGCACUUGGGUUUUCAUUGUGCCUCACUUCACCACUUAUGGACUUGACUAUGAUGAGGAUGAAGAAGGUGAGAGCCUUGACCAAAGCACUAUGAGUGCAGGCCCUGAUAAUCACACUCCCAAGCCUCAGCGCGAUCAUCCCGUCAGCUUUGAGCAGUCAGCCACUUUUUCUAUCGACGAAUCAUUCGUGGGAUCGAUGGCUGGCAUGGAUGAUGAUACCUUUGAUUUCAAGAAGCACAAACUGGUUCCUGGAUCUUUUGGCAAUCAGGCUGUGGCUAAUGAAGACCAUGAGAUGGUUUCUGAGGGCGAGACUGAGUCUUUUUUAGAGGAAGGCUCCGCGGGUUCGAUUAUUGAGCAUGACGACGAUGUCACUGUGAGCCAACAAUCUGGCGACUCGAUAUUUGGAUCUGAUGAACAUGAGGAAAUGGACAUGGCGGGUUCUUUCCCCAACCUUCAUCGCACCGUGGAGCACGACGAUGACCAGAGCAGUAUUCUGGAUACCACCCAGCCCAUGUUUAGGCCUUUCGGCACCCCUCCCAAACCCAGUCUAAACCUUAGUGGGGAUUGGACUGAGCAGCUUCAGCGAACUAUAAGCCCUCGGAAACAGAAUCGUGACGCGCUGCGGGAGAUACAGGCAAAUGCCUUUACUGACCGACACCUCUUCAAUGACGAUUCGCCAAGUGAGAAAAUGGCCUCUCCAAAGAAGGGAUUCACCAACAGCAUCGACUUGAUGAACUCGCUGUUUCAGCAGCAGCCUAAGAAGCAAAACACUGCUUCUCAGCUGAACGCGUCAAAAUCGCAGCCUAAGGGCUUUGAGUGGCCAUAUCCCAAACAACCAAAAACCUUUGCCGACGAUACCACCCCUAUGGAUCUAAAGGACCUCGCUUUCCACGAAUCCUUCAAACCCCGCUGGGGUCCUUUGGACUCCAUUGUUUGCGCCAAAGGUGACUUUACAGCGCCUAUUCAGGGCGCCGGUAACCGUUGGCAUGAACGCUUCUCGAUCUUCAGUGAGGGAAGAGAUGUGGCCGUCAUGGACUACAAUCAGCCCAUCGAGUCUAAGGAAAUGCUUGACAUCCAAAGGCAGCAGUCUACCAUUCAGCGCGUGGAUGGAACACCAUUAGUCCGUAUGGCUAAGAUCAAUAUCCACCAAUUCGCGCUUUCCCAUGGCACAGAAGAGGAGCGAUUAAUCUGGCAGCUGACCAACAUUCUGUUCAACGAGGAUAUCGAGGACGACAUUUCUGCGGGUGUUCCUCCACAGCUGCGAUCUAAUUUUGCUCAUCGCAUUAAGAAGGAUCGGUUGACACGUCUGUGGAAGGGUAUCAUUCGCGACCGACAUGCCCAUGACCAGGAUCACAUUCGGUCCCCAGAGGAGCGCGCCGUUCAUCUUCUUUGCUCUCACAGAGUUGAGGAGGCUUGCAAAACCUUGGUGGAUAGUCAAAACAUUCACCUUGCUACCUUGGUUGCUCAGAUAGGUCGGGAUGGUACCUCGAGGGCUGAUAUGGCUAAACAAAUCGAGGUCUGGCGUCAAAACAAUGUUCUCUCUGAAAUGACCGAGCCUGUUCGUGCUCUCUACGAGUUGGUUGCUGGUAAUGGUCUGCGCAGUGAGGGUAAAUCUGGCGGUGCGCUGGAGGAUCGAGCUUCUAGCUUCGGUUUCACUGACCGCUUCGAGUUGGACUGGCUGCAGGCUUUUGGUCUUCGUCUCUGGUACUCGACUACUGAAGAUGAGCCGAUUGAGGCCGCUGUUGCUAAGUUCCUCGAUGACUUGGCUACUGGUCUUGAGCCUGCUUUCCCACACCCUGCGCACCGUGCGGGUACUCGUGCAGCUGUACAGCCUGGUUCAGAUACCGUGGGCCGUGAAUCUCCACUUUGGGUCCUGCUUAAAAUUUACUCUGCUGUCAAUGGUAACACAAAGAUUCCUUCUAUUGAGCUUCCCGCUGCUCUCCUUCCAGAGUCUCUGUCCGGUGAUGUUCUGAGCAACCGCCUAUCAUUCCAAUUCCACCAUGUCCUCGUUACAGUAGUAGGACAGAACAACGCCGUCAAGAUCAACCAAGUCCAAACCGAUCGUCUUGUCUGGGACUAUGCCUCCGAACUCAUUGCUGGCGGAGAACUUGCUCCUGCUCUUUUCGUUCUGCUACACCUUUCACAGCCCGACGAUCGCAAGCGUGCUGUGCAAGAAACUCUCGCCCGAUUCGGCCCUCACCUUCCCGACCCUACACUCCAGGGUGAGGCUGGACCUGACUCUGCCUGGCAACAUCUAACCACGGACCUGCAGCUUCCAGAUGCAUGGAUCUGGGUUGCCAAGGCCCUCGAUGCCCGUGACCGUGGUGAUGCCAUCCGUGAAGUCGACUGCCUUAUCCGCGGCAGACACUGGAACGAUGCCCAUGCUACCUUCUGUCGUGUGGUCGGUCCUACCACCAUCAUCUCACGAGACUACGACACCCUUGACCAACUUGUCACUGGAUUCGGUGAAGGGCCCGAGCGCAAGAUGCGCGGCUGGUCAUCUGGCGGUGGUAUCUACGAAGAUUUCCUGCGCUUAGCUACUGCUCCUCGCGGUAGACGCGACCCAACCCGAUUGAGCCGCCUGGUAAAUGCCCUCGUAGCCAUGGGUGAUCGUGUUAGCACUGGCUCCGGCAUGGAUGGCCUCGAAGAACGUGUUGCUUUCAAGGAGAUGAGCCGCACAUUGGCUAGCUGGAUGACUCAUGAAGAUGUUCAGUCCAUUGAUUCUUCUUCGGCUCUGCGUCUACCUUUAACCGGCGAUGCUCGCAUGCAACAGACUUUGGAAAUAAGCAGACGUUAUUACGGCACCAUCAUGGCUGGUGGUUUCUAA